GCGCUAAUUUGUUUUGAUUUGAUUGUGGUAUGUUACAGAAGUCUGGAGAUUUGAACAUCGUAAAUAUUGUCUAGUUUUUACCUUGCGUAUGGGAGAUUUUAACCCUCGCUUGGUUGAAGAUAAUCUUCAAACAAUAAGCUUGUCAUCUGAUGAUUUAUCUGGAGCUUGUGCAAACAGCGCGAUAAAGGACAAGCCACUAGAUAGCAGCAUUGUUAUCGAUGAGGAAAAAGAAGAAAAAGCAAAAUUGAUUACUGAAGUAUUAGAACUUCAGAAUACACUUGAUGAUUUGUCCUUGAGAGUCGACGCUGUAAAGGAUGAGAAUCUGAAAUUGAAAUCAGAAAAUCAGGUUCUUGGUCAGUAUAUUGAUAAUCUUAUGUCGGCGUCAAAUGUUUUUCAAGCUACAAAUCCUCCAACUAAGAAAAGGCAGUUACCUUCGAAAUCAGCUCGUAAAAAAUAGCCGUUUAUUUUCAAUCUUCCUUCUGUUGUAAUUAUGGACUCUGCAAGAGAUGCUGGUAACAUUGUUUCAUUGUAAUUACUAGUAAAAUCAGAGAUAUUUUAAUUCAAUUAAAACGUAUAUCAUAUAGAUUGCUUUAAAAAA